CCUUUCUUUCGGUCUGCUUUCCUUUCUCCCGCACUCUUUACCUGGCCCAUGCUCUGCGACGGGGAGCUUUGUUGCUGUCGAUAAUCUCCGCCUCGGACAGUGGUUCCCUUGGAUGUAUAGAUAGGUGGUUCCGCCCCGUCUCCGCCUCUAAAAAGUUCCACACACUCCUUAGACCUUUCAUUCGAUCUCAAUUUCUCAUAUAAACGUCCAAUUGCUUGAUAUUAUUGGAUAUCGUUUCCCUCAAUAUUGCCCGAUCUGCAGCGAGGGUGCUUACCCAGCAGACGAACAUGUUGUAUCAAAAUGCGCAACGGUCCAUGAUUUCUUUUGCCCGGGCUGGCUUGGGUAGGCCUCCCGGGACAAACCGCAUAAUCACCCCCUACGUGAGACGGGGCUUCUCGCAGGGACAAACCCGAAAGAACUCAGAUAAUUCGGAUCAAAAUGCCACCAAAAACGAUAAAAGUCGGAAGAGCAAUGACUCGGAGGACCCUACUCUGAGGUCGACGCUGCUGAAGAUGAUGGAGACCGCAGCUACUACUUUUGCUUCUAUGGCCAUUCUAGGCCUGGCUGGAUAUGCAUACCACCGGUACUACAAGUAUCUGAUCCUGGAGAAGAUGGAAAAUGCCUUCAAACCCGGUGACCCGGCCCUCGAGCUGGCGGGUGUAGAAGACGGGAAGCACAAGUACAGCGAGGAGCACUGGGUGCAUCGUGACGAGCAAGCCAGAAUGGAUAAAAUCAUUUCCGGUCACGCUGGUGGUCGCUACUAUUUACUGGUUGGAGAAAAGGGCACUGGAAAAACAUCAAUGCUUCUAGAGGCGAUGCGCAAAAUUGACGGCGAGGGUUGUGCAAUGUUCGAGGCUCACGCUGAUCUCGAGAUUUUCCGAAUUCGCCUCGGAAAAGCUUUGGACUAUGAAUUUCACGAAGAUUACAUUGGAAGUCUUUUCAGUAUCAAGGGCCCCCGGGACACUACUGCUCUCUUGGAUAUUGAGCGCGCAUUCAACAAACUGGAAAAGGUCGCCCUUGCGAGAAGACGCAGCAAGGAGUCACCCUUGGUCUUGAUCAUCAACAGUGCACACCUGAUCCGAGAUGAUCAUGAUGGCCAGGAUCUCCUCGAGGCUAUUCAACAACGAGCCGAGCAGUGGGCGGCAAGUGGUCUGGUUACCACAGUUCUGAACAGUGACGAGUACUGGGUUUACGAACGCUUGAAGAAAUAUGCCACGAGGAUGGAAGUCAUCCCGGUUAGAGAUUUGCCUAAAGACCGAGCAAUGGAGGCCUUGAGAAAAUAUCGCAAGCAGUACUUUGGUGAGGAUCUAUCACCGAACACCCUCGAAGAGGUGUAUGAUCUUGUCGGUGGGCGACUGUCCUUCUUGAACCGGGUUGCAAAGGCCGUGGAUUACAAGAAGCUCUGCCACAGCAUCUGUGAGGCUGAGAAGACAUGGUUUCUCAACAAGUGUUGGAUCCUGGGUCCCGAAAUGGACGACGAUGUGAUGGACCAGCAGAAAUAUGCGUCUGCCGCGAUGGUGCUGGCUAGGGCACUUGUGCUCAAGGGAGAGGAAAUGGACAAGACCUAUGAUCCCAAGCUGGGCCACAUUCUACCGGAGAUUCCUCUCCACGAGGCACGACAGAUCAUGACAAGAGCGGACUUCAUCCAGAGCUACGACCACGAGAACAUCUUCACGAUCGACUCGCGGGCUAUGGUGCGCGCCGAUUCGGUCCCCAUGCAGAAUGCCUUUAAGCAAAUCUGUAGCUGGGAAGGAUUCGACGAGCACCUGGAAGGCACUCUUACGCGCAUUGGUGACAUUGAAAGCUUGGGCCGCACUCGUGAGCUGACGAUCAAGGACCUCUGGAACAACGGCAAGUAUCAGCUUCUCAUGCGGGACCCCAAGGGUCGCGAGCAAGGUGCUGCCGAGUUCUCCGUCAUGGAGCGAGAAUAUGAAAAGAAGGAGGAGGCGGAGGAUAAAUGAAUGCUACAACCCGCAUGGCGAGCGUUGUACGAUGUAUAGAAAUAGAUCGAGAUCAUCCAGAUGAUCUCGGGGUGAUCAGUGUACUAUAUCGGGAAAGGGGGGGUGGUUCUUUGUUGGAUGGUGGCUUGCCGACCCAUGUUCUGUGUAUUUAAACCCUUCGAUUCGACAGCCACUUACGACGAUAUUAUAGAAUCCGUAUCCCAUCCAUUGCCAUGGUAUAGUGAGGGCAUCG